GACCAUAAACGAACGACGACGGAGAUAAGCAUGAAGUUGGAAGUUCUAGGUUUUAGCAGUUGUUUAUUGAUCAUCAUCCUUGUUUUGUUAUGGCGAGUGUUGGAAUGGGUCUGGUUUGGUCCCAAGAGACUCGAAAGGCUUCUGAGAAAUCAAGGAUUCCAUGGAAAUCCGUACAAACCCAUCAACGGCGACCUGAACCAGCUCUUAGCCAUGAAUAAACAAGCUCACUCAGCCCCCAUCUCUCUCUCCGACCACCAUGACGUCAUCACUCGGGUCGACUCCUUCGGACUCCACACUGUCAACCGCCACGGAAAGAAAUCUUUCAUGUGGUUUGGGCCAGUUCCACAUGUAAUCAUAACGGAACCUGAGCUUAUAAAAGAGAUAAUGUCAAAGAAUUUCAUCUUUCAAAAGCCCGAACAACAUCCACUUGCCAUGUUGGUAGCCACCGGAACAGCAACUUAUAAUCAUGAUAAAUGGACCAAACACAGAAGAAUAGUUAAUCCUGCUUUUCAUUUGGAGAAAUUAAAGAACAUGCUUUCAGCAUUUUAUGAAAGCUGCAGCGAGAUGACUAAUGCAUGGGAGAAGAGCAUCAAGGAGUUUGGAGAAGAAAUCGAUGUAUGGCCUCAAAUCAAGACGUUAUCAGCAGAUGUGAUAUCGCGAACAGCGUUUGGAAGCAGUUAUGAGGAAGGAAGAAAGAUCUUUCAGCUUCAGAGAGAACAAAUUGAACUUUUCCUUCAAGCUUUGGCUUUCUUUCAUAUUCCAGGAUAUAGGUUUCUGCCAACAAAGGUGAACAGGAGAAUGAAGCAAAUAGCAAAAGAAAUGAAUGAUUUACUCAUGGGUCUGAUAGAUAAGAGAUUGGAAGCCAUCAAGGAUGGUAAAGGCAACAAUAAUGAUCUACUGGCCAUAUUGUUGGAGUCCAACUUGAAAGAAAUUGAUCAAUUGAAAGAAAAGGGUGAAAAGAGUACUAAUGUAAAAGGGGGAAUGAGCAUUCAAGAUGUGAUUGGGGAAAGCAAACUAUUUUACUUGGCAGGGCAGGAAACAACUGCCAUUUUGCUUGUUUGGACAAUGGUUUUAUUGAGCAAGCAUCAAGAUUGGCAAAUAAGAGCUAGAGACGAGAUUCUACAAGCUUUUGGUAACAAUGGCACGCCUGAUUUUAACGGGCUAAGCCACCUUAAAAUCGUAACUGCUAUACUAUAUGAGGUUCUUCGACUCUACCCUCCUCUAGUUUCAAUAACAAGGGUCCUCCUCGAAGACACCAAGUUAGGACCAUCAACGGUCUUACCAAAAGGAGUGACGGUUUCUAUACCAACUUAUCUUCUACACCAUGACAAAGAGAUUUGGGGUGAUGAUGUCAAGGAAUUUAAUCCAGAAAGGUUCAUCGAAGGAGUGUCAAAGGCAACAAAGAGUCAAGUGUCGUAUUUCCCAUUUGGUUGGGGGCCAAGGGUUUGUAUCGGUCAAAACUUCGCACUACUAGAGGCAAAGAUGGCGUUGGUUAUGAUUUUGCAACGGUUUAGUUUGGAGCUUUCUCCAUCUUAUGCACAUGCACCGUGUCCUGCUAUACUUGUUCAACCGCAGUUUGGUGCUCAUUUGAUUCUCCGUAAAAUCUAGUUUUGUGCGUCAUCUCGCCUUUCUUGAAACAUCUUUGAAACAAUGUUGUUUUUGUUUUCAUAAAUUAAAGAGAGAAUGCAUGUUGUCAUGAAUAAACUAUAAACCAAAGAAAGGAAUUUACUACACAUAUUGAAUUGCUUGAUAGUGAAUAAGAAGAGGCUAAAAUAUUGUGUAGGAUGAUUGAUUUAUGAACUUAA